CCCUUUCCCCAGCAUGUAUGGGUGUAUCCAUGUAAUGGGGGGUUAGUUGUGGCAAGCAAUCCCAGGCUUCACGUCUUAAACACAAACUCGGGGAAUAAUGUUAUUUUACGUUUCAAUUAACACGAGCCGUGCUUUUAGUAUCCCACAAUCAAAGAAAUGUGAUUUAAUUAAACAUAUAGAGAGCUGCCUCCACCAACAUGGCGGCUGUUUUGCAGCAGUGCUCAGGUCAUGUGACACAUGGAGGGGUCACAGGUGGAAGCAGCAAAGCUUAGCGCCAUGGGAGGAUGGAGUGACCCAGUCUGAGCUGCUCACUGCUGGGUUAACAUGGAGCAUGGAGCCUCUUCAUCUUCACUGCUCCCAGGGCGCAGAGACUGUAUCUACACCAGCUGUUACUGGUAAGGAGACAGUAUGGAACCUCUCCAUGUCCUGUGUGUUACUGGUAAGGAGACAGUAUGGAACCUCUCCAUGUCCUGUGUGUUACUGGUAAGGAGACAAUAUGGAACCUCUCCAUGUCCUGUGUGUUACUGGUAAGGAGACAGUAUGGAACCUCUCCAUGUCCUGUGUGUUACUGGUAAGGAGACAGUAUGGAACCUCUCCAUGUCCUGUGUGUUACUGGUAAGGAGACAAUAUGGAACCUCUCCAUGUCCUGUGUAUUACUGGUAAGGAGACAAUAUGGAACCUCUCCAUGUCCUGUGUGUUACUGGUAAGGAGACAGUAUGGAACCUCUCCAUGUCCUGUGUGUUACUGGUAAGGAGACAAUAUGGAACCUCUCCAUGUCCUGUGUGUUACUGGUAAGGAGACAAUGGAAUCUCUCCAUGCCUGUGUGUUACUGGUAAGGAGGCAAUAUGGAACCUCUCCAUGUCCUGUGUGUGUUGGAACCUCUCCAUGUCUGGUAAGACAAUAUGGAACCUCACCAUGUCCUGUGUGUUACUGGUAAGGAGACAAUAUGGAACCUCUCCAUGCCCUGUGUGUUACUGGUAAGGAGACAAUAUGGAACCUCACCAUGUCCUGUGUGUUACUGGUAAGGAGACAAUAUGGAACCUCUCCAUGUCCUGUGUAUUACUGGUAAGGAGACAAUAUGGAACCUCUCCAUGUCCUGUGUGUUACUGGUAAGGAGACAGUAUGGAACCUCUCCAUGUCCUGUGUGUUACUGGUAAGGAGACAAUAUGGAACCUCUCCAUGUCCUGUGUGUUACUGGUAAGGAGACAAUAUGGAAUCUCUCCAUGCCCUGUGUGUUACUGGUAAGGAGGCAAUAUGGAACCUCUCCAUGUCCUGUGUGUUACUGGUAAGGAGGCAAUAUGGAACCUCUCCAUGCCCUGUGUGUUACUGGUAAGGAGACAAUAUGGAACCUCACCAUGUCCUGUGUGUUACUGGUAAGGAGACAAUAUGGAACCUCUCCAUUCCUAUGUGUUACUGGUAAGGAGACAAUAUGGAACCUCUCCAUGCCCUGUGUGUUACUGGUAAGGAGGCAAUAUGGAAUCUCUCCAUGCCCUGUCUGUUACUGGUAAGGAGACAAUAUGGAACCUCUCCAUUCCUGUGUGUUACUGGUAAGGAGGCAAUAUGGAACCUCACCAUGUCCUGUGUGUUACUGGUAAGGAGACAAUAUGGAACCUCUCCAUGUCCUGUGUGUUACUGGUAAGGAGACAAUAUGGAACCUCUCCAUGCCCUGUGUGUUACUGGUAAGGAGGCAAUAUGGAACCUCUCCAUGUCUUGUGUGUUACUGGUAAGGAGACAAUAUGGAACCUCUCCAUGCCCUGUGUGUUACUGGUAAGGAGACAAUAUGGAACCUCUCCAUGUCCUGUGUGUUACUGGUAAGGAGACAAUAUGGAACCUCUCCAUGCCCUGUGUGUUACUGGUAAGGAGGCAAUAUGGAACCUCUCCAUGUCUUGUGUGUUACUGGUAAGGAGACAAUAUGGAACCUCUCCAUGCCCUGUGUGUUACUGGUAAGGAGACAAUAUGGAACCUCUCCAUGCCCUGUGUGUUACUGGUAAGGAGACAAUAUGGAACCUCUCCAUGUCCUGUUUGUUACUGGUAAGGCGAUAAUAUGGAACCUCUCCAUUCCUGUGUGAUACUGGUAAGGAGACAAUAUGGAACCUCUCCAUGCCCUGUGUGUUACUGGUAAGGAGGCAAUAUGGAACCUCUCCAUGUCUUGUGUGUUACUGGUAAGGAGACAAUAUGGAACCUCUCCAUGCCCUGUGUGUUACUGGUAAGGAGACAAUAUGGAACCUCUCCAUGCCCUGUGUGUUACUGGUAAGGAGACAAUAUGGAACCUCUCCAUGCCCUGUGUGUUACUGGUAAGGAGGCAAUAUGGAACCUCUCCAUGUCUUGUGUGUUACUGGUAAGGAGACAAUAUGGAACCUCUCCAUGCCCUGUGUGUUACUGGUAAGGAGACAAUAUGGAACCUCUCCAUGCCCUGUGUGUUACUGGUAAGGAGACAAUAUGGAACCUCUCCAUGUCCUGUUUGUUACUGGUAAGGCGAUAAUAUGGAACCUCUCCAUUCCUGUGUGAUACUGGUAAGGAGACAAUAUGGAACCUCUCCAUUUCUGUGUGAUACUGGUAAGGAGACAAUAUGGAACCUCUCCCAUGUGAUGCAUUCCAAGAAAACAACAUAAAAUAUAACAAUACCCACUAGGAUCUUCUUAAAUGGCUAAAGUUUUCUACAUGGUAAAUGUGAAUAAAAUCAGAAAUAAAAUAUAGUGCUCACUGUAGAUAAACAAGGUAUAGUAAAAAUAUUGGGGAGGUACUCACUGGCAUAUAGCACAAUUAUGGUUUUAAUCAAAACAUAGGGUGUAGGUGGUAUGUUCCCCAUCAAAGAAGAUUGUAUAUAUAAACUCUCAAAAAAGUGAGGAUGGUCCAGAAAUGUAAAAUUCACUUAAAAACUGUAUAUCUAUAUACAUCCUUAAAAGUGACUAAAUCAGGUAGAGAAAUAAUGCUAACACGUUUCACCGUUGACAAGGCUUUUUCAAAGUGUUUGAUUAAAUACUCAAAACUAACAACAUUGAGUAAUAAGUAAAUUAAGUUUUAAGGAGGGGAGCCAACCAACUGUCAUGACAGAAAUUUCAAAAAUGUUCUCAUAUAAUCCACAGAUACAAUGUUAUCUCCAAAACAUUAGUGUAUCAGUUCCAUAUAGAUCAUGGGUGUCCAACGUUUUAGCUUCCCCGUGCCACAUUGAGAGAAGAGGAAUUGUCUAGAGCCAUACAAAAUAUAUUAUAUCAUAUUUAUUUAAUAAAACUUUAAAAACCCAUUAUUCUUAAUUUUGAUAUUUAAUUUGUUUAGUAGAUAACUCCCUUAUUUGUUAUCCUUAUGUAGGAUUGCCAUAUUUAAAGGGACACUAUAAGCACCUAGACCACUUCAGCUUAUUGAAGUGGUGUGUGCACUGUCCUAGCAUCUUUAACCCUGCAAAGCUAUUUAUUGCAGUUUUUUUGUUAACUGCAAUACUUAAUUUUGUGGCUUAACUCCACCUUUAGUGGUUGUCCACUAGACAGCCACUAGAGCAACUUCCAGGUCAUUGGGCAACUUUUGGUCACUCAACUGAUGCUGGACGUCCUCGCACUUUGAGGACACCAAGCGUCCCUGGAAUUCCCAUAGGAAUGCAUUGUAUAAUGCUUUCUUUUGGGCAAAUACUAAUGUGGCGCAGCCAUUGCCACGGAUUAAGUCUCCCCUGCUAGCUCACUUCGGUGGCGGAGGAGCAGAUGCAGACCCAAGCCAACACCGAGGGACAUUAGAACUAGACUCACGUAAAUGUGCAUGUGGGGGAGCGGGGAAAUGGGCCAAAUACGCUGAAAUAAGAAAUUACAAAUACACAGAUAUAUAAUACAUCUGUUACACGUGUUCUAUUUUGUUUCUGUUUGCAACUGGUUCUUCAAGGUAACCUCUGACAUUUUUGUUUGUCUAAAGUGAAGAAAAUGUCUGGAAGCUGUGUGAGUACAUCCGUGAUCAGCAUCCUCAUGUCCUGGAGGAAUUUUCUGCUGUGUUCAUAUCCAAUCUAAACAAAACGGUAAGGUGAAAGUGUAACAUCUCAUCAGUUAAUUAAAAACCAACAAAACAGGAUAAUAACUAAAAAAAUAUCCAUUUCAAAAUUUCCGCUUCCAUGCGAGAUGAUGCAAAGUCUGUAAACAAAAUCUUGGUCAGUGUUCUUUGCGCUUUGAAAUUUUGUUGCAUUGAAAUCUAAUGAUUGGCAACUGUCGUAUGAAAGGGAAGCUAAGUGUUUUUCAGACCUGUAAAUUCUAUCAGUUGUCAUGGCAGGAGUGAGAGGUGGCACGUGGGCCAACAGCCAACUAAGUGGUACACACUAGGAUGACAUGCUGCCCUUACCGAAUGAGCUGCUGCUGUACUUAUUUAAGGGUUUAAAUUCCCUGGAAUUGAUUUAAAAAAACAAAACAAAUAUAUAUAUAUAUAUAUAUAUCUUCACAUUUCCUCAGGACUGGAUGACAGAGCCUAAUAGAGGUGUGUUUAAUCCCAUAAUGUAAAAAAUGUGGUUAUUUUAAAAGUAAGCUUAAUCUUAUUUUACUGCUAUUUCUUUGCUUUAAUAAAACAUUAAAUAGUGUGUAUUCUGUUUGUGUUGCAGCUUUUACUCUUGUCAGUGUUGGCUGUGUACGGGAUUCCUGGAUGCAGAAUACUUUUUCUUUUUUUCUUUCUCAUCUCCAUUUUCUUUGGGCAUUAUUAUUCCAUGUUCCUUCUCUAACAUGAUUUAUUCUUUUACAGAUCCCGAUCUGGGAGCAGAAGAACGGAGCAGUUGAUGAACCUGUUGUAUGGGUGAGUGCUAGUUUCUUCGUCAGAUUAUUUGCACAUAGUCAAAAACCAGCCAGGGACCCCAGAUCCCAUUGUUCUGCAGGUGACUGAUAUUGGUAGGUUAGUUGUGAUGACUAUUUAUGGUCACAUAGAUUGACACAUAUACAUAGUUAUUUAAUAUAGCGAGAAUUCAAAGUCAAUUACUAUUUUUAGUCCAAAAUAGUCCAACUGGUACCAUUCUCUAAGUCCGCUAUCCUUCAAGCUCAGCUACCUUGGCCGAAAAUGUUAACUUUGGAUUCUGUGCAGCGUUGGGUACCAUUGUAUUUUUGUAAACUUCUGGGUGUUGCAUACAUAUGUAACCUGCAGAGGGAGCCAUCGUCAUGUGAUCAUUACUGACCAACCUGCUGCAAACAAUCUCCUACCGAAAAGUUAUGACUCUCUCAGGAAUAUUAACUUAAUUGAAAAUUCAAAGUGAAUCCAUAGUGAAAUUUAAAAUGCAAUGCUAAAAUAGCCAAAGUGAAAGAAUUCUAUAAAUCAACUGUGCUUCCAGUUUGCACCUAAAUUUAAAAUUCAUGUAGAAUUCUCGCCUUGGUUAAUAGCCGUGUAUGACAAUCUUAUUUUUAUUCAAGUCUAUGUAUUCAGGUGUACACUGUGCUUUUAAUUUGAUAAAUGCCUUGUAUUCCUCCCGUUUUUAUCAUGUUGGCAUUAUUAGGAGCCUGUUUAGGCUGAAUUAAGUCCUAUGUCUGUUUUGUAGUGUCUUGCUGUACUUUAGCAAAGCAUCUUAGAACCAGAAAGUAACUUGUUACAUUACACCUUUCUUCUUCCAUGCUAGGAUUACCACGUUGUGUUGCUGCAUGCCUCCAGAGGUCAGACGUGUAUUUAUGAUCUAGAUUCCGUGCUGCCCUUCCCCUGUUCUUGUUCUAUGUAUAUAGACAAGGCACUCAGGACCGACCUCGAGUGGAACCCUCAGUAUCAAAGGUAUGUUUUUUGAUGAAUGGACAAAGUAUGAUUUAUCAGAUGCUGUGUGAGCAUGCUGUGCUUCAGAUCUGAUCCCGUUCAGCUUAUACCUUCCAGUCCAGAAUGAGGGACACUGAAUAGAUCCUUUUUUUCAUAAUGUUGACGGAAUACAUUUACCCUUUUAUGCUUGCCUAUCUUUUUAUUCAUAUAAACUGGAAUUUUUUUUCGUUGACAUCACAGAAGCACACUACAAAAGAUCGGGCAGGACUUCCAAUUUGCUGUACUUUGGGCUAUUCUAUGAAGCGGUAUUAACCCUGUGUCAGACCAGAUGAGGUAUAUUUAGGGCUGCAUAUUUAAAAGGUAACUCCUUGUAAAUGUUAACUCCGAAAUGGUAGGCAGUUGAGUUAAGCAGGGAGACUGAAGGCCAUUAUGUGUACAAUGAAAUGCUCAAGAGUAAAAAUAUACACAUUCUGCCACUUCCCCAAUAUAUAGAGCAAACUAUUAAAUUAACAAUCAUUUUCAAACCAGACACACACACUUUUCAACAGUGUGUUCUAACAAGAUGCAAAAAUCCAAAUCAUAUUAUGGGUCAGUUUCCCAUGAUAAAAUAUGGUUUAUGCACUCCUAUGAUUAAACAUAUAAAGUGGAUAACUUACAAAAAAGUAUUUUAUAAAACAAAACUAAAACUGCAAAAAUCACAAAAUAGGCAGAUUUGUCAAGGAUACAUUGGCAUCUCUCAACUAGGGGUGGCAGGACAGACCACAUACCCCCCCCAAAAAAAAAAAAAGCUGAACCCUUUUCAUGUGUACUAUCUACACACUAAGACUGCUUCAUUAAGAUAAAGUUGUUUUGGUGUCAUGUUCCUCCCAUGUCGGCAUUUUCUCCUGUUUUGUAAAUUUAGUCAUAGAGAAAUGGCCUUUGGCUUGCCCAGACCUCACAUUCAGCCAUUUCGAAGACCUGCAAAUGUUCAGCACACCCAGCUUAAAGAUGCUGUCUAAAAGACACAACAUUACACGAAUAAACAAGUUUUACACUUUGCCAUAUGAUAUAAGAUUUAAAAUGUAUAUCUAAAUGUGCUACAGGGAUGAUGAGGAAAGUAGAAAGCAAAAAAAAUGAAUUCUGUACCUUGUGUAGCACCAUUAUAGCCUCCCUUUAUUUUCAUAAUUUUUCAUACUCUUGUCCUCUUUAGCAACAGGGCAGCCACCCGAGGUGGAUCCUAAUUUGAGUUUUGGAAGUCCUGCCCUAUCUCAGAAAAGGAGGAACUCUCUCUCUCUUGUAGUGUGCUGGCUGUGAUACCAAAUGAAAGGGAAUCGUCAGGUAAGAAUUUCUACCUCUGUGUUCUAAAGAAUUCCUGUAACUUUUACUGAAUAGUUUCACCAACAAGGUGGGCUUUCAGGAUCUUGUCAUAUUAGGACAACUAUGGUCUGUAUUUCUCAUGUUUUCAUCCCAAAAACCUGUGCUGCCAGAUUCCCUGAGGGCCUAAUAUGGAAUGAUAAAAUAGUGGAAAGUUCUGCAAAGAGUGUAGGUAGUUGUGGUGCUUUUUUCUUUUAAUUGCAAAUAGGGAUCUCCCCCUCAUCCUUCUCACUCAUUUCUCCGCAUAGUCUAUGCCAAAUAUUGAUAGGCAAGGGAAGAGACUAUCUGUAAAGGAGCAUUUCAAGCACUAUAACCACUACAGCACACUGUUGUGGUUAAUGUGCCAGGAGUGGCCUGGCACCUCACCCAUUUUAUGUACCCCAUUCUUAGCUAGGGUCUGCCAAGCACCUCUCCCACCUCCACUGCUUUAGACAGAGCCAUUGGCUCUCUUUCUGAGUUAAGCCAAGCAUUGCAGGGCUUCGCUGAUUGGCUAAGAAUAGUAUGCUGGCGUUCCCAGCGACUUUAGGGCUUAGCUCAGAAGAACUAACAGGCACUCUUAUAUGGAGCUUCAAACUUUUUAAAGGAAGUAGUUGAGGCAGGGAGCUGUGCCCAGUGGAUGCAAGGUAAGACGUCAAACUGUUCUACAAUGGUUUGACUGCUUACAAUAUUGUGCGGUGGAGGCUUGUGAAGUGUGUGUGUUUGUGUGUGCAUACAUACUCGUGAAACAUAUUCCCAAGAAUUGUCUGUAGUAUGUCAGCGUUUCUACCAAGGUCAUAUUGCAAAAUAAAUUCAAGUAAAUGGAUAGCAGCUAUAACAUAUCUGUUGUGCGUUGUUUAAGUGAGGGGGGAGUGCUCUUCAUGUCUGUUUAUUCUGUAAAUAGAUUGCAUCAAAUCACAGUUUGUGUUUUGUUGAUUUUAGGCGUCUGAGAGUCAUUCGAGCAGAUGAGUUUCUGAGAACAUUUGCUUCUGAUCGAUCACACAUGAAAAACGCUCGGGGCAGCUGGACAAAACCACCACCAAAUUAUCCAUGCAUUAAAACAGCAGGUAAUUCUCGAGAGAGAGAGAGUGUGUGUGUGUGUGUGUGUGCGUGCGCGCGCACAUGCAUACUUUGAAACUCAUUGAAAUAUAUACAUAGCUAAGUGGGCGAAUGCAUCAUCAGUAGAAUCAGUUUAACCCUUGUGUCACAGGUUCAAAUCCCAGCAGGGCUGACUCAGGGGAAUCAAUAUCCAUUUUGCCAAAUUUGGACAAAAAUAAAUUGAGGAGAAAUGCUUAGUGAGAAGCACUGUAUCAAACUGUCGGUUUAGUAACCAGAAAUGAAAGUUAUAAUGCAUGAUGUCUGUCUUCUUUUCAGAAGCAUCCAUGAACCUGGAUGAUUUUAUCAGUAUGAACCACGAGGUUGGAUGGGGUACAGUGUACACAAUGACAGACUUCUCAAAAGCAUUCGGCCGUGUUUGACGUAGGAUUCUUUUAUGGAAUUUACAAUAGUCUAUGAGGAGAUCAAACAAGGUUUUGUUUGCUGCAUUUUCCGAUGUGCAUAAUUGAUUCAUUCUGAAAGGUGUUUUUACGCAUGGCCAUGGAAAAUGUCAUUAACAUGGUACAAAAAAAAACCCUUUUUUCACCAGCCUCCACCAUUCCUACUACUUUGGAUAAAAUUAAACAUGAAACCUCAACAUUUGUGAAUUUUGUAUGACCUAAUUUAAUAAGUUUUGAAAAAUAAACAAAUGAUUAAUUUGUAAGUCCCAUGACCUGAAUGUUCUUGUAUAAAUUUUCAGCAAGCCAUGAAGUUUAGAAGGCUGUGAGAUUGUUCUGUAGUACAGAAUGUUGUAGAGAGAACUGUCAAAGAGAAAUUAUUUGGGAUACACUUGAAAUGAGGUUUGCAUUUAUCAGUAAAUAGUUUCCUUGCUUUUCUCUGUGAAGUAGUUUGUGAAGAUCCCGAAUUGUUAUUCAGAUAUGUGUUUAAUAGUUUGUGCUCUUUGUAAUGUUUGUCUACUGCUAACAAUUAUAGGAUUAGAUUUAGAUUAUAGGUGACCCUUUAGGCAUAUGUCCUAAAUAUAUGGUUGCAGUUAUGUGCUUUAUUUAUAAAAUAGUUUACCAGGAUGGAUACAUUGAGGUUUCUCUUGUUUUCAAGUAUGUUCUGGUUCCACAAACAUUGCAUUGAUACAAUA